AUGAAUAAUAUUCUCUCCUCAGCGAAAAAUCCUUUUAAUAUCCUGACAGAGGGAAAUUUUCAUCACGCUAUCUUAGAUGGUAACAUCAAUUCAGUCUUAUUUCUUUCUCCUUAA